AUGACCGAGGGCGAUGCCUCCCACACGUUGGAUGAGGCCUCCUGCUCCUCGGCACAAGGCUCCCUGCAGGGUGCAGCAGACACCUCCAUGGCGGCCGUCCUGCGGAAAGCUCUGGCUCGCCUGCAGCUUGACGCGGCGCAAACGGAGUCAGCCCAGGCCAGCGCCUUCUUCAGGCGCAACCCUGUCCCGGCCACAUUCUCCGUCCCUCCUUCAGAGGAGUAUCUGAAGGAGCUCCAUGCUUGCUGGAGGGACACUAGGGCCCUGUCCCACUCGACGUCGGACGCCCGGACCUUGGCUGCCAUGCAGAAUGCGGCACAGGUUGGGCUGGGCCGCAUGCCAGCAGUCGAGCCUGCCAUCGCCUCCCUAAUUCUGGCUCCUGAUGAGGCUCUGAGGCCAAAUGCCAGGUGCCCUCGGCCACAGUGCAGGGUCACAGAUGACCUCCUAUCAAAGGCCUACGACGCAGCGGCGCGCAUGGGUCGUAUUGGGAACUCCCUUUCCCACCUGCUGCUGGGUCUUUCGACCUCUCUGCAGCAGGCCCAGGUCGAGCCGCCGCUGCAGAGUCUGAGUGACGCCUCGUUAGAGGCUUUUGCCCUCAUGUCGAGGGAGUUAGGGCGCACUAUGUCCACCCUCGUGCAGACUCGCCGCCAGGUGUGGCUUGCGCAGUCGCCCUUGACGGAGACAUACCCUUGGGUGGUUUCCACCUUGACCCAAGGGUACGAGUUACAGUUCCGACGUCGGCCCCUAGCCUUCAGCCGGGUCAAAAUGACUGUCGUCAACGACCCGGCAGAGGCCUUAGCUCUGGACCAGGAGUUGUCCACCCUCCUGGCCAAAGGGGCAAUCGAGCCAGUGGAUCCUCUGCUGCACCCCAGAGGGUUCUACUCGAGAUAUUUUCUCGUGAAAAAGAAAGAUGGCAGGUUUCGCCCAAUUCUCGACCUCAGGGGACUCAUCCGGUUCCUGAAGGUCCUGCCAUUCCACAUGCUCACCGCUUCCGACACGCUGCGGGUGGUCGCAAGGGGAGAAUGGUUCACCACGUUGGACCUAAGGGACGCAUACUUCCACGUCCCAAUUGCACCGCGCCAUCAGCACUUCCUCCGGUUCGCCUUUCGCGGCCGGCACUUUCAAUUCAGGGUACUUCCCUUUGGUCUCUCCCUCUCUCCGAGGGUAUUCACCAGGGUGGUGGCGGCAGCUCUCGCACCCCUGCAGAAGCAGGGCACGAAGGUCCUGCCUUAUUUGGAUGACUGGCUGAUCUGUGCACCUUCCCAGUCUCAGGCGGCCCGGGACACGGCUCGGCUGCUCUUGCACGUGGCCCGGCUUGGCCUGACGGUGAAUUUUGUGAAGAGUCGCCUGGACCCAUCCCAACGGGUCGCAUACCUGGGGAUGGUCCUAGACUCGGACGCUGUGAGGGCCUAUCUGUCACCUCAGCGUGUGACCGACAUCCUCCUCUGCCUACCCCGCUUUGGGUAUGGCAGGAUGGUACCAUUCAUUUUUUGCCUGCAGCUCUUGGGCAAGCUGACAGCUGCCUCAGCUGUGGUGCCCCUCGGCUUGCUGUCUCUGCGCCCUAUGCAGAUGUGGCUGAACAGCCUCCACUUGGACCCCAAGUGGCACAGGCACCGAAAGGUCAGAGUGUCUCGGCAGUGCCUCUUCUCUCUGUCCCCAUGGAGAAAGAGGUUGUAUAUGUCUGUGGGUGUACCCAUGGGCACCAUUCCAUCCCGUCGGGAGCUGGUCACAACAGACGCCUGCCUAUCAGGAUGGGGCGCGGUUUGGCAGGGCAGGACUGCCCAAGGGCAGUGGCCGGCCCAGAACCACGCUCACAUCAAUGUGCUAGAGCUCAGGGCGGUACAGCUAGCACUCAAUCAUUUUCUGCCUCAUUUGAGAGGCAAGCAUGUGCUGGUUCGAUCCGACAAAAUGUCAGCUGUUGCCCAGAUCAACCACCAAGGGGGGACCCGGUCUUCACGGCUACUCCGGGUAUCUCGGAACUUGUUGGCCUGGGCAUAUCCCCGCCUGGCCAGCGUACGGGCGGUCUUCAUACCGGGGCAAAGGAACCAGGUCGCAGAUUUUCUAACGCGGCAGAAGCCCCCACCGGGGGAGUGGCGGCUUCAUCCGGAGGUGGUGGAGACGUUGUGGGGUCUCUUUGGCAGGGCGGAGGUAGACCUCUUUGCAUCAGAGGAAUCCGCACAUUGCCCCCUCUGGUUCUCCUGGACGGAGGUGACCGGCCCCCUCGGACAGGAUGCCUUAGCUCACGACUGGCCACAGAGUCCUCUGUAUGCCUUCCCACCGCAGCCCCUGAUUCUCCCCACACUCCAGAGGGUAUUUCUGCAGGGCCACAGGUUACUUCUGGUGGCCCCCUACUGGCCAGGGAGACUCUGGUUUCCACUGCUGCGCAGGCUCUGCUGCAGCUCUCCAUGGCGCCUCCCCUGCAGGAAGGACCUCCUUUCGCAGCUGGGGGGCCAGAUUUGGCACCCAGAUCCCCGUCGCCUCCAGCUCUGGGCCUGGCCGCUGCAGGGCCCGACUCACUGCUGAAUGUUUGCACUGAAACCGUCAGGAAUACCAUUCUGAGUGCCAGGGCACCAUCUACCAGAGCACAGUAUGCUAACAGAUGGAGGUUAUUCUGCCCAAGGUGCUUUCACGCACCUAUUUUAACCAGCUGGCACGUUUUAACUCCCCAUCUGAGGGGAAUGAGUCCGAGAUGCUAUGCCC